AUGAUGACCUCACAACCUUCUGCAGUCGUUGGUCAACAACAGCAACCUUUCGUAGCUAAUCAACCGCAAAUGAUGACCUCACAACCUUCCGCAGUCGUUGGUCAACAACAGCAACCUUUCGUAGCUAAUCAACCGCAAAUGAUGACUUCUCAACAAACUGUUCCUAUGCAACAACCUAUGAAUCAAACAGGGCAACAGCAACCUAUGAUGAUGGCUCAAGGUCAAUCUGGUUUACAGCAACAGCCUAUGUAUGGAACUCAACAAGUACCAGUAAUGCAAAAUGCAUCGAUGCAACAACAACCCAUGUAUCCGAUGGAUCAAGGACAAUCCAUGUACCCGAUGGAUCAAGGACAAUUAUCUCAUCAGCCUAGUCCACUAGUUGGCCCUCUAGGUCAAAUGCUACAAGUUCAAGCACAAUAUUAA